GAAGCCACAAGUUAUUGUGUAGUAAGCAUUUUCAUCGCAGUGCAUAUACAGAUGAUACAAUGAAAAAGUUAAACAGUAAUGCUGUACCAAAUGCGUUAAGUUCACCAGUCGAAACAUCCCAGCAACAUUUCGUUUCAGAGGAAUUGUCAGUGCCUCUACAACCCACUAUACCAAAUGUGCCCAUCUUGUCUCAGCCACCAGAUACACCACAUAAAUAUUUAAGUCAAGUGAAUCCUUCUGUGCCUUCACAGUCAUCUGUACUGGAUGAGCCUAUAUUGGUUCUGCCAGAUCCAUCACAGCCAACUAUAAUUCUAAAGAGCCCUUCUGUGUCAGAAUCUAUACACCCAGAAAACCAACUUGACAAGCAAUAACUUAAAAAAUGCAAAAAAUAUCUGAAUAAAAUAUAUAGGCUAAAAAUGGCCUUGAAAAAAAAGAAAAAUGUUAAAGGAAAUAGAAAAUGCUUUUUAGAGGCUCUGACAAAAACUGAAUACUUUGAAAAAUUUAAUCAAUACUUAAAUCCAGCUUUUGUUGUGCUUCUACAGAGUCAAAUGACAAAUUCACGUAGGAAACUACAGGGCCGACGUUGGACUUUAAAUGAAAAAAUUUUAGCAUUAGCUAUUUAUAAAAAAUCUAGUGCCUGUUACAAAUUGCUGCGAAGAAUGAUGUGCUUGCCAAACCCAGGUACAUUAAAAUGCCUUUUAAACAGAGUAUAUUUACCAUGUGGAGUGAAUAAAAAAGUUAUGGCAAGUUUAAAAGAAAUUUCACAGGGUGAAGAAAAAAAAGAUAACUUAUGGGUUUUAUUAUUUGAUGAGAUGUCAAUACGUAAAAAAUUUAUUUAUAACCCAAAAACGGAUGCCAUUGAGGGGUACCAAAACCAUGGUUCUCAAGGUAGAAACCAGCAAAUGGCUUCACAUGCCUUAGUUUUCAUGUUAGUGGGACUGAGAAAAAGAUGGAAGCAACCCAUAGCCUCAGGAGACUCAGUGACGGCAGAUAGACUUCAAGCCAUUAUUAAAGAGAUAUUGGCUGAGUGUUUCCCACAUAACUUGGCUGUGGUUGCAACUGUUUGUGACAUGGAUGGCGUAAAUAUGAGGGCGUUAAAUGCGUUAGGAUCCACGGUUGAUAGACCUUUUUUCAUAUAUAAUGAAAAUGAAAUUGUAACCAUAAUGGAUCCUCCGCAUCUAUUAAAAUGUUUUAGAAAUAAUUUUCUUAAACACAACAUAAAGUGUACAGAUAAUUUUGCAACCAAUGCAGUAUCAGGAAUAGCAAAAUGGGAGCACGUUAAAGAGUUUUUUAAAAAUGACAAUAAUAAUCCGAAUUUUGUUUUUGCACCUGCACUCACAGACCAACAUAUACAUCCAAAUGGGAAACAAAAAAUGAAAGUAAAAUUAGCAGCGCAAGUGUUAAGCCACUCAGUUGCAGCUGGGAUUUUUGCAAAAGUAGCCAGAAAUGAAAUUUCACCUGAAGCAGUUGUUACAGCCACCUUAAUUAGUAAAAUGGACAACAUAUUUGACUCACUGAAUGCAGAUACUCCAGAUUUAAAAAGAGGAAAACGAUAUUUUACAAAUAUAACGAAAAAAAGUGAACAUUUACAGUUGUUUCAUGAUAUGAAAACACUGUUUCAAAAUAUUUAUUUUAUUGGGGUUCGCUGCGCUCCUCCUUCUGUCAAUGGUUGGAUCCGUACCAUUAGGGCUGUGGAAAGGCUUUGGCAUAACUUGCAAAAAUUCAACAUUAAUGCGUUAGCUACCCGACGACUAAAUCAAGAUCCUCUAGAAAAUUUAUUUGGUUGCAUAAGAGGUCACUGCGGGUCUAACCCGAAUCCAAAUGUACCACAAUUUAUUGCAGGAUUGAAAACUAGUAUUGUCAAUAAUUUAAAAUAUAAAAGUAGCCUCAAAAAUUGUGAAGCAGAUGCAAACUCAUUGUUGACAAAUAUGACUACUUUCUUAAAAACAAACACAUAUACAUUGUCCACAAAUUCAAAUACGUUGUCAACAUCUAAUAAUAUUCCUGACGAUAAUACCAUUGUGCCAGACGCAGAGUCUGAUGAAAUGCAGGCAUGCGCAUAUGUGUGUGGGUUUAUUUUUAAAAAACUUAAAAACAAUACUUGUGAGUUUUGUAAAAAUAUAAUGAUUACUAAAAAUGUUGGACCCAUACUUCACUUCACAUUCACUACUUUUAAAGAAUAUAAUGACAAUAAAGAAAGUUUAAAUUAUAUGAAUAUUGCAUUUGUUGAAUGUGUAGAGACAUCUGCCACAAUUAUUAACGAAUAUUUAGUAAAUCAUUCACAUACUUCAAAAUUAAAAAGAGUAUCAAAAUAAAAUUAAAUGAGAUAAUUGCAUUUAAUUGGCUGGAUGGAUGUCUGAAGCAUAAAAUAGAGAACAUUGAUGACAUUAUUAAUUGUGUGUCAGCAAUAUGCAUUAAAAGAUUCUGCACAUUAAAAAAUAGAAUGGUUUCUGCAGAAGCAUCCAAAAAUGCGCUGCAUCGGAAAAUUAAAAUUCUUAAACAUGACUGAUUAAGGUUAAAAGUCAAUUAUUAACCUUCUUAUCAUGUGAGAUUCGUGCUUAGUAGUGAGCCGAAUAUGAGUUGUCAAUGUUAGUGAUGCAAAGAUAAUAAUUAAGAUUAACUAUAAUCUAUAUAGGUAACUCAUUAAUAGACCAAUGGCGAAUUUCUAGAGGAUCUAGAAUAAAUUAACUUUUCACAACCCUCAUGAUGCAUCCACUAAUGACUAAAUAUCUUGAAAGAAGGGACAAGAGACCUUCCAUUGGUACAGGGGGCAAGCAAAGUCAUGGUAGGCCAAAGGCCAAUUGGAAGUGGCCCUUAACAGCGUAGAUGUAGGCUGCCAAUCUAUCCUGGAUUAUGCUAAAGAAUACAGCCUUUGGCUUAAUUUAACCUGUUACUGUGAUUUUUUUUUAUACAUGCUGUGAUUGCUGUGCUGAUCAUUAUGACUAUGUAAUAAACAGAGAUGUGAUUUAUUUGAAAUACUUCUAUUUAAAAUGCAAAUACAAAAUGCAAAAUACCUAUUUUGUAUUUUGCAUUUAAAUGCUUUUUAGUAAAAAGCAUUUUGUAUUUUAUUUGAAAUACCUUUCGAGAUGUAUUUUGUAUUUUUAAUAUUCAUUUCAAAAUACAAAAUACUUUGUGAUUAAGUUUAGCCAAUAUUAACAGUCAAACAAAACGAAAUGAACGAAUGACGCUUGUAAUGCCGAAUUUGACCAAUAGAGGCGCCUGCUAGCCAUGUGCGUUCUUUUGAGGGUUCCUUGUGGACUACGGAGUCCACAAGGAACCCUUAUAGUUUCGCUAUGUCCGUCUGUCUGUCCGUCCGUCCGUCCGUCCGCAUCUUAGCGCAGUGACUAUAAUUACUAGAAAUCUGUAAAUUAGCACGAGUGUGUAUAUUAAAAUGUAAACAAAGUCAUAUAAAAAAAUCUUGAAUAAUAAUUUUUUUUAGGUUAAAAUUAUUAAUUAAAAAUUAAUUAUGAGUUAAUUAAAAAGGUAAAGCUGUAAAUAAAAUAAGAUAUCUCACAGUCUGUUAAAACUAGAAAGCUGUUUGGUUAUAUUAAUUACUAUAAAGUAGAAAAAAGAAAAUUCAAAAAAAAUGUUGUUUUUGGGGUUCUUUCCUACAUGCAAAGUGAGGAUGAAUUUUUUAUCUUCUAUCACAUGGUGUGGGGCACCGUUAUCGGUAUUUUUGUGCAUUACAUAAGGAAUUAAACUGCUCAUUUAAUCUACGGAACUCUACUCUGCGCGUGGCCCGACACGCGCUUGGCUAGUUUUUUAUUUUUUUCUUCGUUGGUCAAAGUGCGCGCCUUUAGUCUAGACGAGUGACAAUGUCACACGAAAACGACGAACAUUAUGACGAACGUUUUUGUUCGGCUCGGCAUUGUGUCUCUAUUUCUCAUGAUAUACUCACACUCACAAAUUAUCUCUGAUUUGGUCAAAAGGUAUUUUAUUUUGAAAAAGUAUUUUGAAAAUACCUAUUUUGCAUUUAGCAUUUAAAAUACCAAACGCAAACCUAUUUGGUAUUUUGCAUUUGAAAUACUAAAUCUCAAAAGUAUUUUGCAUUUUGUAUUUAAAUGCUUUUUGAAAACCAUUUUGUACAUCUCUGGUAAUAAAACACUUAAAAAAAUAAUUUUGUUUGCCUUUUGUCAUUCAUCUAAUAUCUUCAGUUAAAUGAUUUAACUUAGUUAAAAUCUUGCAUGUUUAGUAUCAAUAAUGCUGUGUAUAAAGCUGCAUCAAAAAAAUGAUGCAGCUUUGUUACUGGGCUGCUUUUCAAUUGCAAUAUGAUUUUGACUGAGAAAUAAACUCUGUUAAAAUUAUUUUGCGAUUGAAAAGCAGCCGUAUGAGAAAAAAAAUCAAAUUUUGUGGUUCGUAAUUUCGCGCCAAAAGCUUAGAUAUUUCGUAAUUUCGCGCCAAAAGCUUAGAUAGUUUGUAAUUUCGCGCCAAAAGUAUAGUUUAAUGGAACCACUACCAGUUAGCGUGACAGCGCACAGUCUGCACCUAUUUUAUACGUACAAGUCCACAAGUUUAGGCUUUUUACACAACAAUAUCACUUCUCAAAAAGGUUCUUUUCAAGGGCGACACUUUUCGUUUCGAUUCACAUACAUUGUAUUUUUAAUAAUAAGCUUUAUGGCUCAGGGUUCAAGCCCUUUUGAGCCCGGAUUCACAAACAAUAAAUUAAUUAUCUCGGACCAAUAAUAAAAGGACCUGCCUCGCAAGACGUUACCUCUCUGUCUAAGAAUCAACGGUCUAUCUAUAUAGAGCGGGGCAUUUAGAAGUGUUUGUAAAAUCGGCUAACGCGUGUAUAAAAACUAACAAACGCGUUAGAUUGUUCGAUUGUAUCGAUGUUUCAUUGUUGUAAUCGUUUUCGUCGUCUAAAAAACUCCCUAAAUAUUCCGGUUUGUGUAGUAAGUAGUUCAAUGGCAUGAAAAACGGCCAACAACUUCUAAUUCAGUAAAAGAUGACGUGACGUUCAAUAUGAAAAUAUUUCUAUUUUAUUUUUGUUAUUCUUUACAUGUUAGCCCUUGAUUUCAGUCUCACCUGAUGAUAAGUGAUAAUGCAAUCUAAGAUGGACGGUAUGAUUUCUACACGACAUCAUACCGGAACGCUAAAUCGCUUAGCGGUACGUUUUGUAGGUAGGGUGGUAACCAGCCAGACCUGGCCCAAUUAAGAAAUUCUCAAUCGGCCCAGCCGGGGAUCGAACCUAGGUCCUCCGUCUUGUAAAUCCACCGCGCGUACCAGUGCGCCACGGAGGUCGUCAAAAACAUAAUUAUAAUUUAUAAUAAAUUUGUAAUAAAAACAAUAUCUAAAAGAAAAAUCGAUUCUAUUCUUCUAACGAACGCACGAACAGCAAAACAUCGAUCCAUUAAUUUAACGUUCUGUGUACAGAUUAUAUUAUUCUUGUUAAAUAUUUUACUAUUUAUUCUUGUUAAAUAUUUUCGAUGAGUGAGUUUACCUCGUCUCCUUCAAAAAACGACAGGCAAUUUUGUUUCUGCAUUUGCGUGCGAUUUCAUUUCCAUGUCUAAUUCGUCUAUGUUAAUUAUUAUAUAGAGUUUGCACAAUGUUGGGCAAAAUUUGCCCAAAAACGAUAAACGACAUAAAAAGAACCUUAAAUACCCCAAGCAGACAUGAGUCACAAACCAUUUUCAAAAACAUAGAUAUUAAGAUUUAUGGGUAUUAAAUGUGCAUAUAUAAAAUUAAAUAAUAACUUUAAUAAUUUUUAUAAAUGUCGUAUUUUCAUAUCAAAAGAAGAUGUUUUCUUUUAUUUUAAUGUGAAUUUUACCUUUCAUUUAUUGCAGAAAUACCCUAUACUAUGAUUAUUUUUUUUGUUUUUGUUUUAUUUAGUGAAAGAAGAUUUGACAUUUCACACACACACACUUCACAGCACAAAACACUACUUUAUUUGUUGUCUGUGACUAAUACUCCUACCUCACAGUAUUCGUUAAUAAUUCGUUAACUAAAUCCAGACUGUUGUGCGUAUUUUCUUCCUUUGUAAUUUUUAUUAUUUCGUUUUGUUCUCGUUUCGUUGUUGUUGUUAAUUAUUGUUUAUUUGUUGUUUGUUUUUCGCGCGUAUCUUGUAUGUAUUAUUUAUUACCUCAUAUCUUUGAAACCGUUGAACGGAUUUACGUAAUUCAGAUAUCCUUAGAUUUGUUUUAAUAACCCAAGUGUUCUUAGAUAGGUGAAAUUAAAAAAAAAACCAACAAGACGACUGUGAGAUGCUAUAGAAUCGAGGUGAUUUUUUUUUAAAUAUUGCAACAAGGGAAUCAAAUUCAAGGGCUUUUUGUGAGAAUUUCAAAAUGGUUUAAAAUGGCCAACAAAAAACUACAAUUAGAAAAACGUUAUUUAUUAAUUGUAUAUACAUAAUACGCGAGGCGGACGACUAUAAGGUUUAUGAAGUGUAGUUAUAAAAUACCUUAAAUAGAUUAAAUUAAAUAUAUUGAUUAUAAAAAUGGACAUGUGCGAGUCGGAUUCGCCCACCGAGGGUUCCGUAGAUUUUUUUGAAUAUUUACUUAUCCUCGGUUGGACGUAGGUAUACACUAUCGUACUUUGUAACAAACGUAACAAAUAAAUCCGAAAUUCACCAUCUAUCUAACUAAAAAUUAUGAAGUAAAAUAAUUAAAUAAACGAAUAACCCGACUGCAUAAAUGAUACAAAAACUGAUUAAACUAAAGUCGAGACCUAUUAAAAAAUGUAGACGUAAAUCAUUAUAUUCAAUAUAAUAGGUCCCGACUGUUUUCUAAUUUUUUUCUACACUUCUGGACUGAGCUUGUUUUUUUUCUUUUCAGUUUUUGUAUCAUAUAGGCAGUCGGGUUUUUUAUUUGUUUAAUUAAUUAAUUUAUUAAUUUUAUUUAGUUUAGUACGAAAAUGAGUGAAGCGGAGCCUGGUACUAGCCGGAGCAGUUAUUCCGCAUUGCUAUCGUUUCCGUCACCAAAAAAGAAACGUACGAAGCAAUCACCCUUAUCGUCCUCCGAGAAAACCGUUUUGAUUAAUGUGUUUAAAUAUGUCGAGGAUACCUUAUGCUUGCUUAUACAUAAUAAAAAACAAAACUAUAAGGGUUCUUUAUUGACUACGGAACCCUGAAUAUAAGUGAAACAUUAUCUGUUAGAUAAAUAACAGGAUAUAGGAAUAUAGAAUAAAAAAAAUAUUUGUUUAUCAAA